AUGGCUUCAGGAAAAGGGUCUUCAGGAAAGGUACCACACUUUGAUGGAACAAAUUAUGCUUUUUGGAAGAACAAAAUGGAGACCUAUCUGGGGUCUCUUGGAUAUGAUGUUUGGGCUUCAGUGUUGAAUGAAUACACCAUGACUGGUGUUGCACCUACAGACAACCAAGAGAAAAAGAAAUAUGAAAACAACAGUAGAGCCAUGCAUGCAAUCAAAUAUGCUCUUAUUGACAGUGAGUUUGUAAAAGUGAUGGAAUGCAAGUUUGCCAAACAACUCUGGGACAAGCUAAAACGCAUCCACGAAGGAGAUGCAAAAAUCAAAGAAGCUAAGCUCCAAGUUUAUAGAGCUCAGUUUGAGGGAUUGAAGAUGUUGAAUGAAGAAAACAUUGAAGAUUAUAUGCUUAGAGUCAAUGGGGUUGUAAACUCCAUAAGAGGACUGGGAGAGAGUCUAACUGACUCUGUUGUUGUGAAGAAAAUUCUUAGAUCUUUACCAGACAGAUUUGACUCCAAGGUUUCAGCUGUUGAGGAAGCUAAGGAUCUGGAGGUACUUAGCUUAGAUGAGUUACAUGGGAUCUUUACAGCUUAUGAGAUGAGAAAAGGCAAAGGAAAGUCAGUUGACAAAGAGGCAGCAUUUAAGAAAAGAAGCUUCAUUUCUAAGAAGAGCAAUGACACAUCUGAGGAAGAAUCUGAAGAUGAAUCAGAUGAUGAUGUAGAAGAUCAUGCUAUUUUUAUGGUGUUUCAAGAAAAAGAGGAUGAUUCACUUAGAAUAAGCACAACCUCAAAAGAUGAAGAAGAAGGAGAGGUGGACUUUGAAGCUGAGUUGAGAUCUGCUCUCAAAGAGCUCAAGAAAGAAAGAAAGAGGGUUAAACAAGUUUCACAAAAUCUUAAGGAACAAGAACAAUUAGUUCUUCAGUUGAAAAAGCAAGCAGAUGAAUCAAGAAAAAUUCUAGAAGAUCUUGAAGAGAAGUUAUCACAGAAAACUACAGAAUGCACAGAGCUUGAAUCAGAAAAUCUAUCUUUGAAGGCUAAAUUGGAAGAAGAGUCUAAUAUCCUAGCUGAAUAUUCUGAUUUUCAGAAGGAGAUUGAUACUCUCAAGGCAAAGGUAGCAGAGUUUGAGAAUGAUUCAAGAGAAUCAUCAAAGAGUGCCAAAGGAAAAGGAAAAGGCACAACACAGAAUCCUAUUGCUGUGAAGGAUAAGAGAGUUGAGAAAAACCAAACUCCAUCCCAUAAGACUAACCAUGCUAGACAACAACAAAUGGCAUGGCCAGGCAGGAGAGUAGAGAGCUUUGGUUAUUACUAUCCUUCUCAACAGAAUGCUAGAAAUGUUGUUGAUCACAGGGCUCAGUACAAAUGGCAAAGAGAGCCAAUGAGACAAAGAUAG